GUAUAUCUACUACCGUCAAUUCAAAGGACUUACUGAAUGUUGUUAAUUACACAAGUUGUUUGCAAACAACAAUCGAAAACUUUAUUGGGAUAAAGGUUGUAAUUCAUUUUUAGUUUGUAAAUGCAUGCGUCAUUAGCUUCUAUCGGCAGGGCUUGUACAAUCCAAGAAGAUGAAGAUCCGCCGGCUACAUCUUUGGAGAGUUCAUUCGACAUGCAACAAGUUGAUUACAUUGAACAAAGCUUAAGAUCAUGUACGUCUUCAGUGGAUGAGUUAGUCACACUCGCAUUAUCAUUAUGCCAUUCGAUUAAAAUACUACCAAAUUUUAAUAAGAUCGUUUUACAAGAACAUCCUUGUGGAAUCAAACAGAGUGAUUCGAUACUUAAUACAGAUAAAUAUGACAACAAUAAAAACCAACCAUCAUCAGCAUUGGAUGAACAUAUCAACUCAUCAACAAUUAACGACCCCAUUAUAUGUGUACAUACUUCUUCCAAUACUUCCAGAAAUAAAGCAGAUGAUUUGAACCACUUAACUUAUUUGCAUCGUUUCUAUUUAAAACUAUUGAACGUUGUACAUCUCGAUACAUUGAACAAUACUGUAAAAGAGUUAAGUUUAGGUCUGCUUGCAUUACUGGCUCAUUCAGAAACUGUUCUCAUUAAAGAAACCAAUUUAUUAGACUGUAUUUUAUCAAAAUUUUCUAUAUCAAGCAAUAAUAUUUAUUCUUUUCAAGCUCUUUAUGAGAAAAAUUCUUGUAAUAUAUUAAAUGAUUAUCAUGAGUUUUUAUUAACUACAUUAUUACAUUUUAAUGAUGAGAGUGGAGAUGAUGAUAUUGAUGAUAAUAGUAAUGACACACCUAUUACCGGUUAUACAACUACACAUUAUGAUUAUUCCUCACAAUUAGGUGAACUUAGAAUUUUGUGCGAAAGUUUAAGACAAUGUUGGACACAGAUGAAACGUUUAGCUAAUGAACAACGAAAUAUGCAAUAUCGUUUAAAUCAAAUUAACGCUUCAAAUAACUGUGAUACAAUUUUAACAAAACUCUUUUCAGAUGCAUAUAGAAUUAAUUCCAUGUACAGUAAAUUAUUAACAUUAGGUAUUAUUAAUUCUGCUCAAUAUUUAAUCUAUUCUGGUGUAUCAUUAUUAGGUUAUAUGGAAUUAUCACGUUUUACACAUGAUGAACUAUGGGAAAUGACACGUGGUAUUGAAGAGUUAAAUAUUUUACGAGGGCAUUUACAUAAUACAUUUCAAAUAUAUCGUAAUACACAUUUGUAUAAAUUAAUAUGUAACGACGAAAAUAUAUUUCAUUCUGCUCAAAUUUUAUCACCAACUACCGAUACUACUAGUAUUAGUAGUACUUUUAAACCAUUAUCACAACUUAUUUCAUAUAACUUAUUAAAUGAUCCUGUUGAUGUUGUAUUUUCGAUGUCUGUUGGAUGUUUAUUUUCACUAUUCGCUAAACAACGUUCCUUGCGUCUUGCUCAUCUAAUCUAUUUACACAUAUAUAAGUUUCCAAAACUGUUCUUUAGUGAACCUGAUGACAAUCAUACUACUAUCGAUUAUAAUCAUAAUUUAUCAAACAAAAAUUUAUUACAACAAGAAUUUCAGAAAUUCAUUCAAGAUAAUCACGGUUUGUUAGCUUCAGACUAUCUUCGAAAUGAAUAUGAAUUUAUAUCAAAUUUCUUAGAUAUACUAUCUCAAUCAACUGAUCUAUUAUAUCAAGUACAGAAAUUACAACUUGUGUAUACAUCAGCUGCCGCUACAGCACAAAUAAGACAAGUCGAAGCCGAACAACGAUUAAAAACUUUUAGUAACACUAAUAAUUUGGAUCCCUGUUCUGUCUCCUCUCCUACCUCCUCCCCGUCUCCAUCUAUAUCACAUGCUGUAAGUGUUGAAGGUAAACAUGGUGUGUUAGUACGUGCUACUUCAACAAAUCAUCCAAAUAUGACAGAAACAAAAGAGAUAAUUUCUAAAACACCUGGAAAAACAGAUAUUCAUCAUAGAACUAACAUUUUACCUAACUAUAUUUCACGUUAUCAGGAUGCGUUGCAUCGUUCUAGCACAUUAGAUCGAUAUGUGGCAACUGGAUCAGCUGUUUCACCUUAUUCAUCAAUCAGUAAUCAUACACUUGGUACUGAUUUUACUAAAUUACAAUCGGAUAAUCAAACAAAACCAGACGAUCAUAAUUACAAAAAAGACAAGAAUGAUUCUACUACUUAUACUGCAACUGAAAGUAGUAGUAUCACUGGUGAUAAGGAAAAGGAACAAAGUAAACCUAGAGUUAAUUCUAAAAAAGGUGUACAGUGGAGUGAUCAUCGUGAAGUUAGUACACGACAUCAAAUUAUAGGUCGGUAUUUGGAGAUGACAUGGAAGUAUUCAGAGAAUACGCUAACUAGCUUAUUCCUAUCCACAUCAAGCACGAUUAUUAAACAGAGGAACGGUAACAGUAAUAAUAUAACUGUAAAUGAACCUAAAUUGUGCAAAUCUACUUUAACUAUGCCAUCAGUGGAACUUUUAAGAUUGGGAAAUAAUAUUUGUCAAUUGACGAUCACAUCAGAUUUCUUUCCUACUGCUUUACUACCAGUGCUUAGAAAGCAAGCAUUGAAGUGUAAAGAAUAUGCUAUUUGGCGAAACUGGUAUGAAGAACAUCAAAUGUUCGAGUGUAUAUUGAAGAAAAAUGACGAGAACACAAUUUCUGUAACAGGUGAUAACUAUAAUUUACAAGAUACCUCAGAGAUUACAUUUUCCAAUAAUGUAGUUUCUCAUGAAACAUGUGAUCACUUAAAUCAUAAUUCAUUAUAUUCAGUUUACAAUAUAUAUGUUCAAAGAAAUACAGUCAAUACUUCUGACACGCAAUCAUCAUUUUGUCCUUGUAAUAUUGACAAAUGUCACAACUGUUGUAUUACGAUGAAUUUACAGCGGUUAUGGGGCUCCAAAGCAUUUCUAAUUAUAACUGACAUAAAUUCAAUCAUUGAAUUAAUUACUUAUAUGACGAAAUUAUUUGUUAAUGAUGAACAAACUUGGAUGAAUAUUUUAUCGUUGAUACAAAAUGAAAUAAAAGCAUCAGGUAUCUCAUCAAUUGUACAUCAUUUCGAUAUUUCCAUACCUGAUUCAUAUAAAUCUCUAUUAUUAAAAUUAUACAAAGCUUAUGAAUAUACACGACGUUUAGAUGUCAUUUUUAUACGUUUUCUCAUUAUGUUAAAAAAUAUAUGUUUUAAUGAAUAUAACAAAUGUAUGAAAAAUUGGAAUGUUAUAUUACAACAAACUGAUGAUAAUCAUUCUAUCCAGAAACAAACAAACAUAAUUGAUAAUAAUAUAAAUCAAAUUACAUAUUACUAUCAACAAUCUAUAUAUAUUGAAUUAUUAUUUAUUCAUUAUGAAAAUCUUAUAAAAUGUUUUAAAAAUUUAACUGAUAUUGUUUUUAAUAAUAUCAUCUAUUGUAUUUUAUAUUGGUUCGGUUAUACAAAUAAUUAUGUAAAUGAUGAAAUACUGAAAGAAUUCAAACAAUUAUUUAAUCCAAUGAAUUCAUAUUUUCUGUCAAAUUUAACAUCGACUCCAUCAUCAAGAUUAUCAGUAGGAACAACAACCACAAUAUCAAAUAGUAAUUUUGAUGAUCUAAUUGAAAUUAAAACAAACUUAUUGAAUGUAGACAGAAAUGUUCUAAUACGGUUAGCACGUGUAAUAGGAACAUUAAGUCAAGUGAAUAAUUUAUUGAUAUCAUUAGAUAAGAAUAUUAAGGAAUGGAAAGAAACUUUAAGAAAAACAUUUCCACAGAUAAUGAAUAAACUUAUCGACAAAUACAUUCUUCAUUAUCAUAACGAAAUACUAUGUAAUUUCCAAAUUGAAAAUAAUGAUUUAAUUAAUCUACUGACCAUAUUUCUUAAACCAAUUAAUAAAACAAUUGGAACUUGUUUUAAUUCACCUACAGAGAGAAUAAUUUCAACUGAAAAUUCAUCAACAAUAUGUGAAUAUCAUCAUAAUGCGUUUUAUUAUAUAAUUCAACCAACAGUUAUUCAAUUUUUUCAUAGAUUAUCAGUAUUAUUAAAAGAGACAUCUAUAAAUUACGAUGAAUUUAUUCAAAAAUAUCUUAUCAUACGAUUUCAAAAUCAGGUGCCUUUAAACCUAUUACAAGAAAUUUAUCAAUCUAUUAAGAUUCAUAAUCAAUCUGGUGAAUCUUCAUUAAAAUGUUUUCAUAGUACAAUGUUUACUGAACAUCAACCAGAUAAUGUUAUUCAAGAACAAGAAACUGGAAAGUUCUCAUCGUUAUCAUCAUUACUAACGGAUACAAAGCAGUUGAAGAGUAAAUUGAAUUCUGGAUCUGCAGGAGUUGACUUUAUUCAAUCCACAAUGGUAUUUAUGUCAACUGCCAUGAAAAAUACUGUGAAUAAACAUUUACCUAAAGAACCGAAAGAUAAAAUUGCAUCUUUUGCAGCUGAUGUUUGUUCUAAUCUACGUUUACCAUUCCGUAGUCAAACAACAAAUAAUCUCAAUAACUGUAGUAAAACCACAUCUACUACUACUACUACUACUACUACUACUACUACUACUACUACUACUACUACUAUAACCGUAGCAAAAUCAUCAACUAUGAGAGAUAAAAAAGAAUCUCUCGACGAAUACUCCAUGGAACAUCAAUAAUACCUCUUAGCAUAUGGAGUCCUAUCACCAUUUUGGUUGUGUUAUUUUUCUUGUCAAUAAUGUUUUUUUUCCAGUUUACAUAUUUAAUAAAAGAAUUAUUUCAACUAACUAAAAUGUUAAUAAAGAUUCAUUAUAAAAUUCACAAAACAUCUAUUUAGAGUAUCUCAUUUCAUUUAUACUCUUAUAAGGGUUUGUAAAAAAUUCUUAUUUUUUCUAACAUUUCUCUUUAUUUAAUUCUUCUAUCAUACUGUGAAUAGAUAAUAAACAAUACAUAUAUCAAUAGAAUACUAAAAGAAUACUAGUAUAAAUAAAGUUGAUGAUAACUUUUUCUUUCUCUCUGCAAACUUCUUCAUUACUUCAUUAUAUUGAAUCUUAGCGAUGACAUUUGUCUUGUUUUCUAAUCUUUCAUAAUUUGCUUUCUCUUUCUUUUUCUUUUUUUACUGUUCUACCUAAGAACUUUAAAAUAUGUCUUAUACAAAGUUGGAAAAACAACAUAAAAUGAUAAUAUCACAGUUUAUUCAUUAGUUAUAUUGUAAAGGAGAAAGUAACUCAAUAUUAAUUGACACAUUCUCAUUUGUAUAGUUAAUGACAAAUAAAUAAUAUCAUGAAUUAGCAUUACAUUUUGAAUGUCAUUGUGAAUUGGCAAUUAAAACUAUAAUCAUUUACUAUUAAUACAUUUGUGAUGCAAUUAAGAUUAUAAUUUAUUUUAUUUUAAUAAUUUGUAGUUGAUUAAUUUCUUGAAAUCUCAUAUAAAUAAAACAUUAUAAUGAU